UAGCCUAAUAUCUGGUAUUUGACAGGCUAACAGCUUUCAGGCCCAACCAUUCAUAAUCAUUCCCCCCAGUCUCAGACGAGUCACAGACGUGGGCUAUAAUUAGAAGGUAUAACCUCUAGUUGGCUACACUAGCCAUAGCUUGUAUAUAAAUGCUACUAGCCCAUAUAUUUCGGUGUUUGGAUGUUUUUAGGUCUGGAUUAGGCGUCUGUGGUUUUUCAUAGUAAAAGGCAGGCUUAUUUGUCAAAUAGAAAUACCGGUAUAAAAGAAACUGAGCGCCGUGGGAGGAGCUCCGGAGUUCAUGACACAACAUUGACAACAAUAUCUGGUCGCGCGGGGCAGGACGAACUGUUCUGGCGCAAGCAGCACAUGCACCGUUCCAGGUUUAAAUCGGUUAAGAACCUAGUCCAGUUACCAUGAAGAGAUAUACAAAUCCUUUCCUGCCUGCUCUGCCAUUUCUUAGCAGAUAUGGGAGAUAACUCCUUCCCAAGGAUAAAGAAUCAAGACAGCGAACGACACCAGCCAUCAACAAAAAGCGGGCAAGAGAAGAGCAGAAAUAAAUGAUCAGGAUUAAUUAAUUAUACGACCGACUCUUUAAAGGCAGAUUAUAGCGACCUAUACAAUACACCACCAUAAUCAGUAAACUGUUUGUAGCUAACACACGUACAACAUUUUACCAUCGCGUGUACAAGAGUUCUUCCUGCAGACUAUUUCUGGAAUUUGAUCGUAAUCAUGGAAACGUACACUGACGUUCUACUUGUCACCGCAAAUGUUGGGUCAUUAUUCGACAAUGUGGGUGAGAUUGAGAGUGACUGGCUUCGAGAAUUAUUUGGGACUGUCCAGAGUCACAAACCACGCUUCAUCGCCCUGCACUUCCAGGAGGUUGGAGGCAAGGACUACAUGGUCAAUAUGGGCCAUGCGGAGAACUUCUUCUGGAACAUUGAGUCCAGUGAGGAGAUGAGGGACUUUGACAGGGUCUGCAUCUAUGUGGACAACCACUUUAAGAACGUGGACAGCUUCACGGCCCUGGGAAGCAUGUACUUCAUCCACAAGUCAUUGAAAAACAUCUACCAAUAUGAUUUUAAUGUUAAAGAUUUUAAAGCAGUGUCUGGACAAAACAAGUAUGUGGGAUCCCUGGAUGGGGUAACCACAAUGGAGAAAGAAAAAUUCCCGAAGAAUUUCUGGCCUGAUUUCAAAUGGUCUAGGAAGGGCUUCAUGAGGACCCGGUGGAUCAUUCACAACCAGGGUCUGGACCUAGUCAACGUACACCUUUUCCAUGAUGCCUCCAACCUCAUUGCCUGUAAUGCCAGUCCCUCCAUCUACUCAGCCAACCGCCAGAAGGCCCUCAGAUAUGUCAUCAAUAGGAUAUCAGAGAGCAGCUACACUCCACUCCCCUUCUUCCUGUUUGGGGAUUUCAACUUCCGCCUGGACACCCUUAGCCUGGUCCAGAACUUGUCCACUUCAGCAGAGGUGCAGACAGUGAAGAAGGACAGCAGUAACGAGGUGGAGAAAAUAAUCUGUGAGGAAAAGGACAAUGACCACAAGAUUCUUCUCCAUAUUGAGACCAAGUUGUUUGCCUACCUGCACCAGGCAGUGUUCAGAGAGGACAACGGCAGAGCGAUUUUGAAAUAUGACAAGGAGAUUGCUGCCUUUCAAGAUGUCAUUGCCGAGGAAGAAAUCCUGUUUCCACCCAGUUACCCCUACAGUGAAGACUACACUAAACCCACCCAGUACAUGAACACUCGCUGCCCCUCCUGGUGCGACCGUAUCCUCAUGUCUCACACUGCCCAAGAUAUCAUCCACAGGAGGGAUGAGGGAGAGAGCAGUGUGGUUUACAACAUACUGGGCCCUAAUGUCUGCAUGGGCGACCACAAACCUGUUUUCUUGUCCUUUGCACUGAAGACAAAUGGCCAUUGACAAGGAUCCCUCUGUGGUAAGAGUAUAUGUGCUAGUGAGUGUGUAGUGUAUGUUCUAUAGGUUUACAGGAUUAUAUCCAGGGGGUCUCUGAAAUAGCGAUCACAGGCCGUAAUCUUGUCCAGCUCCCGGGCCUUUUCUCCAGAGAGCCAUAGACCAGGCUGGCCCAGUGGAGUGCUGUUGGGAUAUGAACUAAGAUGAAGUGCCUCUGUGGACAAACUGCAUCCUUUGUCCAUAACGUAGCUGGGCCAUCUAUGUAUAUAGAAUCCUCUCCACUGUCGCUGUGUGUGGCUACACUAAGCCCAAUGUGGGCCCUCUUUUCAUUCAUUACCAGACAGAUUUCCGCCCAGAGAGACAUUCAUUGUGCAGGGCAGUGUAUUGCAUUUUUACGGCUGUGAUUUUGUUUUGCUGCCAUUUCUAUGACUUUUUCAUACGAUAGUUUUCUCCUUAAAGAGGAUUCCUCUUCAGAAGGUUCUGACAGUGAUAAAAGCCAUGCAUCGGAAGGACUUAUCGGAAGGGCUUUUCAAUGAGGGGACAGCAUACCAAAACAAAUCAUAUGUGAUUCUCUGGUCUGCCAUGGCUAUCCUGGUCCCAUCUAUGAAUCCAGCACGAUUUCACCCAAUUUGGACUUGUAUCUUCUUUUGUUUUUUAGGAACUCCUUUAGCAAUCCGAUAUCAUUAAUUUACACAUUGAAACAAUUUAUAGAUGAUUUCUAGAUGUUGCUGUAUGUUUUCCUUGUGGAUGGUAAAGAGUUAACUUUUCUCCCAUUAUCUAAGCCAGUGUCUAUCCAACAUUGGUCAUCACCAUCACACACUCCCACUCCGCUAUCCGUACCAGAGGAUAAACAGAGCAGCUCCUACCCAGUCACUGCACCCAGCCUCUCACCGAAGUGCAUGCAAUUCAGUCAGUUUUCACCCAACCAAGUCUCUCAUUCUAUUCUCCUCUCACUCCAAGUUAUUGAUUGCCAUGACUUGGGCGACAUCAUCACAGAUUUGAUCAUCAGCAUUAUGGAUUUUUUUGACAGACAAUUUGCUCUGUCCUGUGCUUGGCCAUACGUCUCGCCAUCCAUACCCCAAAAUAUACACCGGGACAGGGUAUUUUCUGGGAGUCCCCUCUUCAGUGAUGGAUCGUUGGAAUAGGAUUGCUGGAUGGAAUAGGACCAACGUGAAGACAAUCGACUAUGUGACCGUGGGACUGCUGAUGUUUAGGCCAUGGUCUUGUCAGGGAGGGACCAGCUCUCACCCAAUGGGAGGAAGGAGACAUGUGAGGACACACACAUAUACACACUCUGGCACUCUGCCAAGUAAAUACCCUGACUUCAGCUGGUUAAAUGGUUUUAAAGUGUCAAGGGUUUAUAAUUAAGUAUUGACCUUCAUUCCUUCUGACAUUCCUGAAUGGAAUAUGCAUGCUUUUAAUUUGUAUGUUAGUCUUUUAUUUUACUUAUUUAUUUUCUGACUGUUUUAACUGUUUACCAUCAACACAAGCAUGCUAAAAGCAAACACUCACAAACACAUUAAACAAAAGCUGCUACAGUAUUUCAAUGCACCGUCCGCAUGUUUGUCAGAACAGAGCAGUAGUGUAAUACACAUUUCUCUGUGCAUUAUUAUGUUGUGCAGUCUUUUGUUCGAAACAUACAUUUUACCAGUACGUACAUACUAUCCCAGCUCAUCCGUGGAACAGUGAACUCCAACAAAACGCUCCAUUUGCCUCCUAAUGCCACGCUGAGGUUAUUUUUCCUAACCUACUAUCUCAAUGGUGUUAUAAACUCAGCUUAAAUCAAUAAAAUGAUGUAAAAGACCAGUGGGCCAGAUUCAGGCUGGGAGCCCAUAAGGUCAGUAUGAAAUGUGGAAAUGUGCCUUCCUUUCCCAUCAGACCUCUACCUUGGAUUCCCUCAGCCUCUAAAGUGUAGCAUCUACAUGCUGCUGAAUACUGAUGAUCACAGCUCUGCCUGCCUGCUACCACACUCUGCUGGGUAUACUCUGGUGGCUUGUACGUUGACAUAUUAUGGGGUGGGCCUAUGUAAUGUACAACCAUAUGGUUCAACUGUAAGGUUAGUCUACUCUAUCGGACAUCAGAGCAGACAUGGGCGGCUAAAUGUUGUCAGCUUCUGAGAAUAUUCAAUUAAAUGGAAAUGUUCCACAUUCAGACAAUAUCAGCACAAAAAGACACCAAGCUUGCUACAUCAGUCACUGAUAGGAGUUGAUUUUGCUGCUCCCUUAUAAGGACAUCACAUUUAUGUAGUCUAUUUUCAUUUCUGAUGCGUAUUGCCGGUGGUACAGUAGGUAGCUACAUUCUUGUUACCAUGAAGUGCUUUAUUCCACAAACUAUGACUGGGUCCUUUAAAGUAGCUCAUAAGAGAUUCAUAAAUAUGUUUUCAUUUGUUUUUAGAGAAUUGAAGUGUGCUAAUAGAGAUUUCUCUUGUUCAGGGGAGCUGACACAAUGUUAUUCUGUUUUUAAUAAUGCAUCCAUUGUUUUACAAGGCUUCUGGACUGUUUCAGUUACUGUGAUCAGUUUGACUGUUUUACCAAACAAUAACUUGUUUACCAUCCCACUCUUUAAUUUGAAUGUGGAUGUGUCUGGAAUGGAUGUUUGAUACUACCUUCACACAUUCACACAGGCGAAGUUUGAACAAUUUGAAGCUUGACACCUACGUAUUAUUUUGGUUGCAGUUAUUUUAUUGAGUAUAUCUUUUUUUCUAUGUUAUGUUUAUUUGUGCUGUAGCAACCUCUUCAGAUCUUUGUUCAUUGUCCAUGUUCUGUUUUGUAUGAAAUGGAUGGCUGGUUUGCAUCAUUUUGCUUUGAUAAGGACUAUUUCAAAGACUUUUAAAAUAUAAUCAUGGAUUUCUUAUUGAUUAAUAGUUGUAUCAAAUAUUCAGAAUGCACUUAAAUGUUCAAUGCCUAUUAAUGAAGUUAUUCAAAUGUUGUACUCUUUUAAGGUAGAAAAUGCAUAAUUUGUCAUCAAUCUUCCUCUGUAAUAUGUGUUGAUUGACUGACACUCAAUCUGCUGUGAAGUAAUUAUAGACUGAUAUGACAAGGAUUCAUUAGUUCAAAUGUAUAGAUAGAUUAUUCUUGUAAUCUGGACCCUGUCAAAUGACCUUAAUUAGUUUACAAUCAAUAAUGUAUGGGUCUGCGUGGAAAGUGCAAGGCCCACUCAAUAAUAUACUUAUACUAGUUGAUUCAUGGUAUUGUCAACAUAUUGUAAUGCCCUCCAGAGAUUGCUCUCGGUUUAGAGUUCAACAUGAGGCCAGUAGUAUUGUUAGAUGGAGUGGACUAAUGCCGUUUGUCGAAUUUUCUGGUUGAACACAAAAAAAACACUACAUUCAUGUAAUGCUUCCUGUUUUGUAAAUAAAUGUUGACCACUGCAAUUACA